GCGUUCACUCAGUCUCACCGGGCGGGCGCAGAGUUUUUGUAUCACAAGUAAUAGAUAUCAACCUUAAGACGGCAGAAAUCAUGUCCAGCUACCAUAAACCCGAUGAGAAAACUCUGCAGGGACUGAAGGAUGUCGCUAACAAGCUCAGAAUUUAUUCCGUUAAGGCUACAUGUGCUUCCAACUCCGGUCACCCCACAUCAUGUUGCAGUGCAGCAGAGAUCAUGUCUGUUCUGUUCUUCCACACAAUGCGCUACAAAGCAGAUGACCCCCGUAACCAGUGUAAUGACCGCUUUGUCCUGUCAAAGGGUCAUGCUGCACCUGUCCUCUAUGCUGCCUGGGCAGAGGCAGGAUUCGUGAAAGAGUCUGAUCUGCUUAACUUGCGCAAGAUUGACUCUGAUCUGGAGGGUCACCCCACACCAAAACUGGAGUUUGUUGAUGUAGCUACAGGAUCCCUGGGACAGGGUCUUGGGGCUGCCUGUGGUAUGGCCUACACUGGGAAACACUUUGACAAAUCCAGUUACCGUGUAUACUGCCUUCUGGGUGAUGGAGAGUGUUCAGAGGGAUCAGUGUGGGAGGCCAUGUCCUUUGCCUCCUACUACCAACUGAACAAUCUGGUGGCCAUCUUGGAUGUCAAUCGACUCGGACAGAGCGAGGCCGCUCCUCUGAAACAUGACAUGGAAACUCACCGCAAGCGCUGUGAAGCCUUUGGAUGGAACACGUAUGUUGUUGAUGGGCAUGAUGUGGAGGAGCUGUGCAAAGCGUUCUGGCAGGCUCAACAAGUAAAAGAUAAACCCACCUGCAUUGUUGCCAAGACAUUGAAGGGUAAAGGACUCAAAAAUAUUGAGGAUCAGGAUAACUGGCAUGGGAAACCAAUGCCGAAAGAUCGUGUGGAUGAGCUCUUGAGUGACUUGCAGGCUCAAAUCCAGGUCCCCAACAAGGCCCUGCACCCAGAGUUACCCAAUGAGGAUACAGCACCUGCAGACCUUAGCAUCAUCUCACUGCCAGAACCCCCAGCCUACAAAAAGGGAGACAAGAUGGCAACACGGCGUGCAUAUGGUGUGGCUCUGGCAAAGCUUGGCAAGGCGAACCAAAGAGUGGUGGCCCUCGACGGCGACACCAAAAACUCUACAUUUGCAGAAACCUUCAAGAAGGCCUUCCCUGAUCGCUACAUUGAGUGUUUCAUCGCAGAGCAGAAUAUGGUGGGGGUUGCCAUUGGCUGUGCCACCCGUGACCGUACGGUUGCUUUUGCCAGCACAUUUGCAGCCUUCCUUUCCAGAGCGUAUGACCAGAUCCGUAUGGCUGCAAUCUCUCAGUCCAAUGUCAACCUAGUAGGAUCCCAUUGUGGAGUCUCCAUUGGUGAGGAUGGUCCUUCUCAGAUGGCCCUGGAAGACCUAGCCAUGUUCCGUGCUAUUCCAACAUGUACAGUAUUCUACCCCAGUGAUGCCGUGUCCACAGAGAGGGCUGUGGAGCUCGCAGCCAACACAAAGGGUAUCUGUUUCAUCCGUACUAGUAGACCAGACACUGCUGUCAUUUACUCCCCAGAUGAAAAGUUUGAAGUGGGCAUAGCCAAGGUAGUGCGCCAGUCUGACAGCGACGUGGUGACUGUGAUUGGCGCUGGUGUGACUCUGCAUGAGGCGCUUGCUGCUGCUGAUGUGCUUGCCAGUGAAGGGAAAAAUAUCAGAGUGAUUGACCCGUUCACUAUCAAGCCCCUGGAUGCAGCUACUAUCGUGGCCAGUGCCAGAGCCACAGGGGGACGAAUAAUCACUGUGGAGGACCACUACAAGGAGGGUGGUCUUGGUGAAGCAGUCCUCUCUGCAGUGGGUGACGAGCCUGGCAUUGUUGUGACCCGGCUGGCAGUGACCGAUGUUCCCCGUAGCGGCAAACCACAGGAGCUGCUGGACAUUUUCGGGAUCAGCGCCAAGCACAUUGCCUCUGCUGUGCGCCAGACCUUCGCAAACUAGAUGUUGCACCUUAUGAUCUGCUUCCUGCUCUGGUGUUGUGAUUGUGAACUUUCUUCUUGCUGUAAUGAGGACCACUGAGUUUGUCUCUGCUGGUGUGACUUGAGUGCAGUCUGUUAGCUGUGUCACAGUGUUUGUUAAAUGCAUGGGGAGCUGGGAAAUUUUCUCCACCAGGCCAUGACUACCUUCCUAUUAACAACAUUCCUUCUUUUUGUUUUUCUUUCUUGUACUUGUAAUAACUUAAUGCGGGUGGCAGAAAAGCAUUGUGUACUUUAAGAUUGAAUUAAAGUUUCAAGCAGUUCAGUGGCCUACAAUUCCUCAGCUUCUUCACAUUUCUUAUCUCUUUCCACUUUCCUAACAUUGAGAGAAGCACUGUUAAUUUUCUAGCCAUUCUAGAUUGUGUGUUUUGUGUUCAGUGCUCGUGUUGCAGUACAAAACCUUUUGAUUCCCCAGCGUGUACCACCUCUAUUUAAUUCAACCUGCAUUCCAAGUUUUCUAAGCUCACACCAUCACACAGUCUAACAGUAUUCCUGGGUCAUCAGUCUUGUUACUGCUGUGAAUCUCUGAAAUAAAAGAAAUUGAAUGAUGUUGA